GUGUGUCUGCUUCAGCGCCACACCUCGACAUGACUCCUCACGUGAGUUUUUGGCGACGCGUUACGUAAAGAGAGCGGACGGACAGAUAUUAGAUAUUUAGAUGUAGUUUUAACUUCACCCAGAGCCAAGGCAUGACUAUACCGCGGUAAGAGCAAUCAUGCGGCUUAUUUGCAGCGAGAAGUGUUUGAGUGGCGCGCGACACGCUUCAGGCUGACUCCACCUGCUGGCUCGCGAGCAUCUCGAGAGCUGAGCGUCGUCGCCUGACCGCUGUCUCUACACGAGUUGAUCCGAAGAAGGUGGUUCAGCGCGCCAGACCGGCCGUUUUUAUUUAAAAAGGCUCGGCGUGACGGAUUGUAUUACCAGAUAUUUCUUUCUCCGGGCUUCGGUAUCCAUCGUGUGAAGUUUCUGGGUUUCAGAGGGAGCGCGGCGAUAAAGCAGCAUGUCAAGAUCAGAUUUCCCUCCGGGUUACGAUGAUUCACGGCCGCUCAAUAACCCUCAGCCCGGUGGAGGUUACCCUCCUUCUGCCCCCCCGUAUGGCUUCAGUGCGUAUGGGGGACAGCCUCCGUACCCACAGCCCAAUGAUCCAUACCGAGGACAGCCUGCGGGAUACCCCCCACCAGCUCUACCCGUCAUCCCUGUCAUGCCUCCUAAUUUAGGUGAUAAUGAAGGAUUUACCACAACAGGAGGAUUCGAUGAUAUCAGUGUCCGUCACAGUUUUAUACGAAAAGUUUAUCUGAUCCUCGCUGCCCAGCUUCUGGUCACGGCUACCAUCGUGGCUAUUUUCACAUUUGUGGAACCUGUUGGGGUUUUUGUGAGGAAAAAUCCAGCCAUAUACUGGGUUUCAUAUGCUGUCUAUUUUGUCACACACAUGGUGUUGGUUUGCUGUCAGGGUCCCAGGAGGCGUUUCCCAUGGAACCUGAUCCUGUUGGCCAUUUUUACACUGGCCUUAUCGUUCAUGACUGGGAAUAUAGCAAGCUAUUACAGCACUAAGGCGGUUUUCCUGGCCCUGGGCAUCACUGCUCUUGUGUCCAUUGCGGUGACGGUGUUCUGCUUCCAGACUAAGGUGGAUUUCACUAAAUGUUCCGGUUUUUUCUGUGUCCUGGGAAUCGUAGUGUUUGUGACCGGCAUCAUCACGGCUAUCGUGCUGUCAUUCAAAUACAUUCCAUGGCUUCACAUGCUCUAUGCAGCAAUAGGGGCCAUUGCAUUCACUCUGUUUCUGGCCUAUCAUACCCAGCUGCUCAUCGGAAACAGGAAGCUCUCCAUCGAGCCAGAGGAGUACGUGUUUGCGGCUCUCUCCCUUUACGUUGACAUUGUCCAGAUCUUCAUCUUCCUCCUGCAAAUUAUCGGAUAUGCAGAGAGAUAGAAGCUUCGGGGCUGUUUUCUGUCUUUAAUGUUUAUGUACUAUGCAGUGUGUUCGCAAUCCAGACCUAACUAACAUGUAUUUAAAUAAUACUGUACUUGUGAAAGGUAUCUAGCUUCAUACUGAUGAAACAACUGGUAAGACAUGAAUAUCAUUUCCAUGAUUUAUUAACCAUAUGCAUAUGUUCCGGUAAAAUAUGAGUGAUAUUAUAAAGCCAUUACUUUGUCAUGAAAAUGGAAAUUAGAAAUCGAUCUGUAUUAUGCAAAUUUCUACUGUAUAGACUUGGAUUUGCUGUAUUUACUAAAGAUAUUACAUGCGUGUAGUGCAUUUUGGUUGAGGGUAUAGCUUAAACUGUAUUUUAUGUAUUUAGAGUAUUUAUCACACAGACAUCUUUAUAUACAAUAUAAGUCUACAUCAGAUCUUUUGCUUUAAUUUUUGUAAAUGUCUUUACUUGAUGGAUUUCAUACUACAAUACUACAUGUCACGGUUAUGUGAUGUACAAUGGUGCCUUUCCUCUGUUCAGCCCAAAGAUACACCAUAAAAAAGUAGUCGUCAUAAAGGGAUUAAAAUCAACCCGUAUUUUGCUUUGCAAUGCUCUCAUGGCACAGUUGGCCAACAAUUUAAUUUGAUAUGUAAUCAUUGUUAUCGUAAGGAUAAUCACAAUAAAAGGAACAGUUGAGAAUUAUUUAAUGGA